CAGUUCCCCCUUUCGACCUGCAGAUGUCACUAUUGCAACACGCUUCUUUUAUUUUCAGCCAUGUAAUUGCACUGCGAAGCCGCUAGAGGUCCUCGUUGCUAUGUGGCUGGAAAGUGCCGGGCAGGCUGGCAGAAGAUGGCGGUGCGGAAGAAGGACGGCGGCCCGAACGUGAAAUAUUACGAGUCCUCUGACACCAUUUCUCAGUUCGACAACGUGCGGCUAUGGCUGGGGAAAAACUACAAGAAGUACAUUCAAGCCGAACCUCCCACUAACAAGUCUCUGUCCAGCCUGGUGGUCCAGCUCCUGCAGUUCCAGGAAGAAGUGUUUGGGAAACAUGUCAGCAAUGCUCCACUUACGAAACUGCCGAUGAAAUGCUUCCUGGACUUCAAAGUGGGAGGAGCGCUCUGUCAUAUCCUUGCUGCUGCUUAUAAAUUUAAAAGUGACCAAGGAUGGCGCAGGUUUGACUUCCAGAACCCUUCACGCAUGGAUCGUAACGUCGAGAUGUUCAUGAACAUUGAAAAGUCCCUUGUGCAGAACAACUGUCUUUCCCGACCAAAUAUAUACCUUCAUCCAGACAUAGAAUCAAAGCUGCAGAGCAAGCUUAAAGACAUUGUGAAAAGGCACCAGGGCACAGUUACGGAGGACAAAAGUCAUGCUUCUCAUGUGGUUGUUCCUGUUCCUGGCUCCCUGGAGGAAGAGGAAUGGGUGAGGCCCAUAAUGAAAAGAGACAAGCAGGUUCUACUUCACUGGGGAUAUUAUCCAGAUAGCUAUGACACUUGGAUUCCAGCUAGUGAGGUGGAGGCUCCAGUUGAGGAUGCGCCUACCCCAGAAAAGCCCCGCAAGGUCCAUGCCAAGUGGAUACUUGACACUGAUCUAUUUAAUGAGUGGAUGAAUGAAGAAGAUUAUGAGGUGACCGAUGAGAGGAGUCCAGUUACACGCCGCAAGAAGAUCUCUGCCAAGACUUUGACUGAUGAAGUGAGAUCAAUACCGCAAACUGAUCAUGUAGAGGUAAGCAGUCCGGACUCAGAUCGCAGAGACAAGAAAGGACCGAAUUAUAAAAAGAGAAAACGUUCUCCUUCACCUCCUCCAAGUGCAGAAGCAAAGAAGAAGAAUGUUAAGAAAGGACCAUCUACCCCUUAUAACAAACCAAAACGGGGUCAUCGGGAGGAAGAACAAGAGGAUCUGACAAAGGAUAUGGAUGAGCCUUCACCAGUACCUAAUGUGGAAGAAGUUACACUCCCGAAAGCUGUUAACACCAAGAAAGAUUCUGAAACAGCCCCAGUUAAAGGUGGCACCGUGACUGACCUGGAUGAACAGGAAGAUGAGAGUAUGGAUGCUAUAACUAAGGAGGAAGAGGAGAACUCUACAGGAAUCAAAAGUGAACAAGUGAAGACCUCUGACCUUCAUGAGGACAAUGUAACUGAACAAACACACCACAUUAUCAUCCCCAGCUAUGCUGCAUGGUUUGAUUAUAAUAGUGUGCAUGCAAUCGAGCGUAGAGCACUACCUGAGUUUUUCAACGGCAAGAACAAGUCUAAAACACCGGAGAUAUAUUUAGCAUAUCGAAACUUCAUGAUUGACACCUAUCGGCUCAAUCCUCAGGAAUACCUCACGUCAACAGCAUGCCGGCGAAACCUGGCAGGGGAUGUCUGUGCUAUAAUGAGGGUUCAUGCCUUUCUGGAACAAUGGGGUCUUAUCAAUUAUCAGGUUGAUGCUGAGAGUCGCCCCACACCCAUGGGACCACCACCUACUUCACAUUUCCAUGUAUUAGCUGACACACCAUCAGGGCUGGUACCACUGCAACCUAAAACCCCACAGACCACUGCCUCACAACAGAUGUUAAAUUUCCCUGACAAAAAUAAAGAAAAACCAACUGACCUACAAAAUUUUGGGCUUAGAACCGAUAUGUACAGCAAGAAGAACACAACUUCCAAGAGUAAAUCUGCCGCAAGUGCUACAAGGGAGUGGACAGAACAAGAGACUUUGUUGCUUCUAGAGGCUCUAGAAAUGUACAAGGAUGACUGGAACAAGGUGUCGGAACAUGUUGGCAGCCGUACUCAAGAUGAAUGUAUCUUACACUUCCUGCGGCUGCCCAUUGAGGAUCCUUAUUUGGAAGACUCUGAAUCUUCACUUGGACCCCUGGCCUAUCAACCUAUACCAUUUAGCCAAUCUGGUAACCCAGUGAUGAGCACAGUAGCUUUCCUAGCAUCUGUGGUGGAUCCCCGGGUGGCAUCUGCUGCUGCUAAAUCAGCUCUUGAUGAGUUCUCCAAGAUGAAGGAAGAAGUUCCUACAGCACUGGUGGAAGCUCAUGUUCGCAAAGUGGAAGAUGCUGCCAAAAUGACGGGUAAAGCUGACCCCAGUUAUGGACUUGAAAGCAGUGGUAUAGCUGGCACGACGGGUGAAGAAAAUGAACGGAUGGGUACAGGAUACAGACACUCAAGUAAACUCCAAACUCCAGAGGUUGAAGGUACUGGAUACAGACACUCAAGUAAACUCCAAACUCCAGAGGUUGAAGGUACGGGAUACAGACACCAAAGUAAACUCCAAACUCCAGAGGUUGAAGGUACGGGAUACAGACACUCAAGUAAACCCCAAACUCCAGAGGUUGAAGGUACGGGAUACAGACACUCAAGUAAACCCCAAACUCCAGAGGUUGAAGGGACGGAAUACAGACACUCAAGUAAACCCCAAACUCCAGAGGUUGAAGAGGAGAAUAGCACAGAAGAGCCCCCUCCUGAACCACAGCCUACAGAAGAAAAAAAAGAGCCAAAGGAUUCUCCCAGUGAGUCAGUAUCAGAGGAAGAUGUGAAGGAACGUGUAAGUGAUGCUACAAAGAAGGAAGAGGAUAAGAGCAAAGAUGUCGAUACAGACAAAGACUCAGACAAGAGUGAUGUUGAUAUGGAUGGAGAGAAAGUUUCAGACAGCAAGGAAGGAUCAGAAGAGACUGAUAAGGAAGAGACUGAAGUAAAGAAUAAGGUAGAACGAGACAUUGGAGAAGGUAACCUGUCCACAGCCGCUGCUGCUGCUUUGGCUGCUGCUGCUGUCAAGGCUAAGCACCUGGCAGCAGUAGAGGAGCGCAAGAUCAAGUCUCUGGUGGCUCUGUUAGUGGAGACCCAGAUGAAGAAACUGGAAAUUAAAUUGAGGCACUUUGAGGAGCUUGAAACCAUCAUGGACAGGGAGAGGGAAGCUCUGGAAUACCAGCGACAGCAGCUUCUAGCGGACAGACAAUCAUUUCAUAUGGAGCAGUUAAAAUAUGCAGAGUUGAGAGCGCGCCAGCAGCAUUUCCAGCAGAUUCAGAAUCAGCACCAGCAGCAACACCAGCCCCUACCAAGUGGUCAGCCUGUCGCACCCACUGCACACUCCAACCCAGUGCCACAGGCCUCUGUCACACCUGGGCCAGGAAACUCUGCAAGCGCUUCAGAUGGGAUUGUUCAGCCAAAUGCACCUUCAGCGCAGCCACCAGUGAAUAGUCAGCAACCAGUGGCAACACAGCCCAGUCCAGCGCCCAGUGCCGGUGCAUAUACAGGUCAACAAACACCUACCCCAAUGAUCCCAUCAGCAGUACCAGUUCCUUCCCAGCCACCGGUGCCCGGUAAUCAGCACCCUAGCAUGCCUCUGCCUGUCCCAUUUAAUAUGGGUAGUGACUUGGUAGACUCUGUUCAUUACAACCCUUCUACUAACCCCUACUCAAUUCACCACUCCAUGCAUGGCACCUUCCCUCCAACAGCAUGUCAUGUUGGAGGGGCACCUCCACUUACACAUAACCCUGCCAUAACCAUGUCUCCAGCCCCUCCUAACUUGCCGUCCUCCCUGAGUUCAGCUGCAUCUCAUAGCCCUGCCAUCGUAGCUGCCAUGCAGGGAGGCUCUGCCGUCACUUCGAGUCCUGUGCCAGAUCCUGUGACACCCCUGCCUCCAGAUCCCAUCGGAAACACAGUUGCUCCUGCACAGCAGUAAUAUUAGGACAAUUUCUGUUAUUGGGGGAAAUGGACAGAGGAAAAAGCGGCGGGGGGAGGGGGGGGAAAUAAGCUUGUGGAAUUUUUUUUCUGCCACUUUACGGUUACGGUUCCACGGCGCUCCCUUCAGGCUCCGAACCACAAAUUAAGCUCCCAGGGAACAUGGAGCCCUUUUAUUGUCAUGACCAUUGUUCAUGUUAUGUUACCCGGACCACAACGUUUGCUGCUGUGGUCUGUACAGGACAUACAGGACUUUAUGAUGAAUCCAGAAAAGUGUGUGGGACUGUGAUUAUCUGCAAUAAUAUGUGGGCUUGUGGAUGAGCUCUGUAUCCUUAGGACCCUAUGAACGGGCCCGAGAGCUGAUCAAGAUACCAUACAGGAGAUAUGGUAAGGAAGCCACCAUGGAGAGGAGGAUCCUUUCUACCAAGUCUCUGUUCAAUAGAAUCACAAGGCUCCAUCCUCCCUUCUAUCUACAGAGAAAGAGACUCAUGAAGGCGUAAUGAGGAUUACCAUCCCGGUGGAGUGGGCAGGCCAGUCUCCGUACGUGUCCGCAAAGGACCGAACACUUUAAUGUUUGUUAUAUUGGUGUCUCAAGUUAUUCAAGAGGAGUCAGGGCUUCACGUUGCAUCUUUUGCUCCUGUUAAAAACUGGUGUUGGAAGAAACGGUUCUUCCCAACAUUGAUAUCCAGUAUGACGCUCAUUGCACUGGGUUUAAGGUCAUUUCAUUGUUUUGUUGUCCGACGAAUGCUAUGAGAGCUCUAUAUUCUCGUAGCACCUUUGUACAAAAUGGGGAGAUGCACGGAAAUCUACAGAAGGCGUGUUCUUCAGGAGAGGUAGGGGCCCAUUUGUGUCGGCAGAAGGAGCGGGUGAGCGCUCUUAUACCCCUGCAGAAGGAUGGCACAGGGAAUGUGUCUCACUCUAUCGUGCACUAUUUGACCUAUUAGUAAAAUAUUUUAGCUUUUAAGUAUAUAAGCUUUUUUUUUAUUAUUUUAAAUCGUAUUUUAAAUAUUUUUGGGCAGGGAUUGGGACAUCAGGGGUUCAGAGUGCACUUUAUUGAAUGGAACGGUGUUUCCCAACCAGGGUGCCUCCAGCU